GCCCCGGGAGGAAGUCAGUUGAGAGGAGUAACAGCGAGAGAGGGAGAGAGAGAAGAGGUCCGGUCGGUGGGGUGUCUUAAUGAGGGAGAAAGUUUAUCAACUGACUGGCCUCAUCGACGCUCAGGCGGCUCCCCAACUUCACCACAGCGCAGCAUCGGAAGAAACACUACACUCGUCAUCAGGAUGGUUGUAUACUGUGGAUAGCGGCAUAUAAACUGUAAGAGAGAAACAGACUGGCCACCUGUCUAACAGGGCCAGACCAAGCUUUUUUUAUUGGAAUCAUUUCUCGUGGAUCCCGGAAAAAUAUACAGAAAAGGGAGCUGCGGUCCAUCAUACUAUUUGAACACUAGUGCAUAAAUUCACCAGGAGUUCACUGGUGUAUAGCUGGAAGCCAAGUGCAUGGAGCAUGGCUCUGUCAAGUGGGCAGUGUGGGAGUUGUGACGGCGCAAACACUAAAUUGUGGAGCUGCCCCCACCAUUCAAAGCAGCCAUUAUGGGUCUAUGUGUGUAGCUGUAUAGGUACCAACAGAGUGAAAUAGGGAACCUGCAGACGAGGAGGGAUCUGUACAGAAUGCUGGUCAGAGGCACUUCCUCAGAACUGGGGGGAGUGGCUUUUGCCUCUCCCCCCAGUCCAUCCCACGCAGCAGCAGCAGGCUCCUCUGACUGAGCAUGGAUGUCUAAAUCACACUGAGAUGCAUGUGAAUUUGCUUCAUAGGAUGUAUCUGAAACCAGAGAGGCUACACACUAUUUGGCCAUCUUGUUCAAAAUACUGCUGGCGCCUUUGUGGAAUGUGGUCCUUUGUUUCAGGCUGCAGCGAUCUUGGUAUGGAGAACUUACCCCAUAUGACUCUUGCACAGAGAUGACGUAACUGGAAGACACAUUCUUUCACAGGAAAGACAAGAGCUUUGCACAAAGACUUGUGAGUUUGCUCCCUAGGAAUGUGCUUUCAUAUAUUAUGUGUAUACAACAUGGCUUAUUUGUUGGCCAUGUCCCAGCAUAUCCGGAAAUAAUUAAGAACAAACAGCAGGUUUACUUAACACAUGUAAACAAAGGAUUUGUGUCUUGACUACAGUCUCCAAGAAACAGAAGUUUACAGAAAGUGCCUGGAGAACACCAUUAGUUACAGUCUGCCUGACAGCGAAAAGUAAAAGUUUUAUGCAAAAUGAAGAGCCUGUAUCAGACUACUGGAGGGCUUCUAAUUGCAUUUGGCAUUAUAAGUGUGAUUUCAGGAAUUCUGGCAUUUUUUCCUGUUUUUAGUUACAAACCUUUGUUUAUUGGAUGGAGUACACGGAUUGCUUGUCCGAUCUGGAAUGGGGCACUGGCUUUUUCGGUUGGCGUUCUUACCCUCUUAGCGCAUCAUGAAUGGACACAAAGAUCAAUGUGGGAAUCCACAUUCACCAUGAGUCUGCUAAGCAUCAUCGGAUCCCCAGUUCAGCUUACAGUAGCAAUUGCAUCCAUCCUCAUUGGUCCAUACUGUUACUACUCUUUUGCCGGGAUGUCAUCGACCAACUACAUUGGCUAUGCCAUCAAAUUUCCGUACCCUUAUGCCACGUUUCAGAAUGUGUGCCAAAAUCCCCUUCACUAUGAAUGGUACCAUCUGGUUCUACAAAUCAUCGACCUGGUGUCAAGUGUUAUCAUUUUGUGCUCAUCGUUGGCUCUGGUAAUCAGGCUAUCGGCCAGGUUAAUACGAUCAGGAACAUUAAAUGCAAGAAAAAUGACUUGGUAAUGGGAUUGUGCCAAGUAACUCCCAGCAUGAAAAGCUAGAAGGGACAGCGCACUGAUAUCUGCCAGUGGAGAGACAGUCUGCAGAUGUACAUUGUCAAAGGGUUUAUGUUGUGGAAGCUGUGCUUUCAUCUUUCUCAUCAGCCUAAACUACAGUAUCUGUGCUUUCUGACUUAUGAUCAGUAUAUUUCUUAACAACUCUAAGCUACUAGAAGUACCAGACUUGGUUAUUUGUAAAUAUAUAUAUAUAUAUAUAUAUAUAUAUAUAUAUGGGAAUAUACAUGGAAAUGUUUUAUUGAAUGCAUGAAGCACUCAAAGUACUUAAAGAAGCCAUGACAGGUUUGGAGUAACACAUUUACUUGGAGCAUUUGUAAAGCAGAGUCACCAUUAUAUCUCCAACACUAGGUGAAUUGCAUAAUCUAGUCAUAGCACUUUCUGGGACAUGAUAUCUUUGUGCUUGCAGUAGUUAUAAUGUGUACAAAAAUGCGUUUCCCUGCUUCCAUAUAAAGGUUUUCGUGCAUCCAUGUUUUCUCACACUACUUGGAGAGGCGGAACAGGGGUGGGAAGUGCGUGUUAGAGUAGUAGGCUGAAUACAGGUAUGGCGUGUUAGUAUAUUUACUACAUUCAAAGCAGUCACCUACAGUAUAUGCCUGUCAGGAGCUGUAACGGUUAUGCAUGCUCAACACUUAUAGUAACGAUCUUUGCAAUGUAUAAAAUGGUUAAAGUAAAUAACCUUUACACCAAAACUAUAUGAUCCACCCCUCCUCCGAAAAUUCACUGAAACACAGCACCGUACACAUAUCUUCACGUUUACAUUUACAUGUAUUUUGGAAUCUCAUAUAUGUGCAGCUCUAAAUAAACACAUAAAUGUGCUUUUAUGUGGCACGCAUUUUACACCUGCGCUUUGGAUGCAAAUCCAUCCAACUCUAAAUGAACUACAAUAUGUUCAAUAAUAAACCCUAGUGAACUGGUACCCAAGUUUGUUGUUGCUGUCAGCUACAAUAAAUAAUAAAGUCUACAUGGACAGGACAAAGAAGAAAUAUAUUAGAGAAAAAAGGAAACUGGUUUAUUGAAAAUAAAAUAUUGGAUAAUUUUUCCAUGUCCUGCUCAAUUCAAUACACAUUGGGGGUCAUUCCAAGUUGUUCGCUCGCUAGCAGAUUUUAGCAGCAUUGCACACGCUAGGCCGCCGCCCUCUGGGAGUGUAUCUUAGCUUAGCAGAAUUGCGAACGAAAGAUUAGCAGAAUUGCGAAUAGAAAAUUCUUAGCAGUUUCUGAGUAGCUUGAGACUUCCUCCUACACUGCGAUCAGCUCAGCCCAUUUCGUUCCUGAUUUGACGUCACAAACACGCCCUGCGUUCGGCCAGCCACUCCCCCGUUUCUCCAGACACUCCCGCGUUUUAUCCUGGCACGCCUGCGUUUUUCCGCACACUCCCAGAAAACGGUCAGUUUCCGCCCAGAAACACCCACUUCCUGUCAAUCACACUCCGAUCACUUCAACGAUGGAAAUUCUUCGUUCGGACGUGAGUAAAUCUACUAAGUUUUGUGCUAAAAUACUUAGCGCAUGCGCACUGCGUACCAUGUGCAUGCGCAUUUUCGCCUUAAUCGCUCCGUUGCAAAAAUCGGCAACGAGCGAACAACUCGGAAUGACCCCCAUUGGUCUGAUCUGGUUGUUGUAGCAUAGUACUUAUUAUCGGUACUUUGCUCAUACACAGGACCCAUUCUGCGUGUGCGGGUCCUGCGAUGUAGGAAGCAGGACAGCAGCAGACUGUCAGUUAUUGACAGCCUGUUGCCAUCUGGGGAGCGGGGAGGGGGCAGCAACAGCCUCUGUUUCCCAAAAUGGAGGUAUGCCUCCACUUUUUAGGGGGAGGGAAAAGGCCAGGGGUCUCCGUAGUUGCACAGAGAUUUCCUAGGCUCUUUGACAAGCGGCUUGCGGGUCACCAUGGGUGCCGCAAGCUGCCCAAUGGUGAGUUAGUGAUGCAGUGCUGCAUCCUCGGACACAGGUAAGAUCACUACUGCAGCAGGUGGCAUCUACUUGUCAUAGACACCUCCUGCUGCAUCACCAUACUACGCUAUCAUUGCGGGAUGCAGUAACAUUGCCGGCAGUUCGGGAUCCCGGUGGUCAGGAUACCGACACUGGAAUUCUGACUGCUGACAAUGCUGCCAGCUGGAAUUUCAGCUCACGGGGGCUAUUCUCACUUGUGGGUGUCCACGACACCCAUAGAGUGGGAAUAGGACCUGUGGUGAGCGCUGGGAGCCACCAAGCAUGCAGCGUGGCGAGCGCAGUGAACCCGUAAGGGGACUCUAUGCUCUCACCCCGCUGCCGGCAUUCUGACGGUCAGGAUGCCGUUGUCUGUAUACUAACAGCCGGCAUCCUUACUGUCGGUUUUUCAUACUGAUCCCAUCACUGCUGUUUUCAAACACUAUUAAGCUGAACCAAUAAAGUCAUACCAAAACCGGUGAAUCAGAGCAGCAUUAUGUAGCCUGGAAUGCCGCAAUUGAACUUCAUUUACUAUAAAUGAUAGAUGCUGCAAUUUUUAUUGCAUGUUUUUACAUACUAUUAUCCUGGGGGGAAUAAUAUGAUUGUAUUUGCUACAUCCUAUGUUUGACUGUGUUCAUUUGUGUUGUGGAUAGAUUGUAACGUUGCUGGUUUAGAAACUUAUGUACUGGUGUAAAUGUGUGCUACUCUGUUAACUCUCAUCAGUAUUUAAGAUUCAUUUAAUUGGAUUAAAGAGAAACAAAAA